UCUCGGCUCGUGCGCUUGCUUUCACGCGGCGAUUCUGCUCAGGUGGGAAACAAACUUCACGCCAAGCUCUCAAGCACCCGCGCUUUCGGCAGACGAAGACCCGUUGCAGGUGUCAGUCAAGUCGCAGGUCUCAGAGCAAUCACAGAGCAACGGACAAAGGGAUCCAAAUGGAGCCAGUGUCGCUAACCGGCGUGAAGACCUCUGCGGGCGCGAACGUCUCCAAGUAUAAUGUCAACUUCACAGCGCCGCGAUACGUGACUCUGUACGACAUCGACGUACCGGCUGACGGCUCAGCUGGCCUUCGGAUCAUCAUCUCCAUAGUCUACUCGCUGGUGUGCGCCCUGGGACUCGUGGGCAACUUCUUGGUUAUUUUCCUCAUGAGGAGCAAGCAGCGGUGGCAGAAAUCGGCGAUAAACACUCUGGUGUUCGGGCUGGCAGUCACGGACUUCCAGUUCGUGCUCACUCUGCCGUUCUGGGCCGUGGAGGUGGCGCUGGAUAUGACCUGGCCAUUCGGGCUCGUCAUGUGCAAGCUCAUCCUGUCGCUGACCGUCAUGAACAUGUACGCGAGCGUCUUCUUCCUGACGGUCAUCUGCAUCACGCGCUACUGGUCCAUCGCUUCGGCCCUGAAAGCGCGGAGAAGGCCCGCGGCUUGCACGGCCAUGUGGCUCAACCUGGUCAUCUGGCUCGCGGCUGGACUCGCCACGCUGCCGCACGCCAUCUACUCCACGACGGCGGUCGUGUCCAGCGAGGAGCUGUGCCUCGUCCGCUUCCACGGUCCCGUCAGCAGCGCGCAGUUCUGGCUCGGGCUGUACCAUCUCCAGAAGAUUGUGCUCGGCUUCGCGUUGCCCCUGCUCACCAUCAGCGUGUGCUACCUGCUGCUGCUGCGCUACCUCAAAGUGCACACGCUCAACAACAACAACAACCCCAAGAAGCGGUCACGCGUCACCAAGUCGGUGACGGUCAUCGUGCUCUCGUUCUUCAUCUGCUGGCUCCCCAACCAGGCCAUCACGCUCUGGGGCGUGCUGGUCAAGUUCAACAGGGUGCCCUUCAGCUCGGCGUUCUACGCCGCACAGACGUACGUGUUCCCGGCCAGCGUGUGCCUGGCGCACACCAACAGCUGCCUCAACCCGAUCAUCUACUGCCUCAUGCGCACCGAGUUCCGCGAGGUGCUCAACGAGAUGUUCUGGAGAAUAUCCCCCGCCGCGCUGACGCGCAAUUGCCAGAUCGGUCCCUUUCUGCACACCGGGGCUCGCACCCGCGAGCGCUGCGAGGCUAGGGUCGUCAACGACAUCGUGGCCAUACCCCUGCAGCCCCUGGAUAGCAGCGAGCAGGCCCGCAACCGGGGCUCGAACCAGUGCCACCGGAGAGACGACACCCUGCCCAGCACCACGGCCGUGCAGCGGCUGUGCUGAGCAUCGGAGCUCACGAGGCCGCAGUGUUCCUCGCGCACACUCUGCACCACGCGUGUUGCUUGUUCAAGAUGUCACGAGGCGGUUCGACCCGCUGAGAUGCAUUUCAUCGGGAAAAAAAAUAUUUUAUUUAUAGACUUGCCCUCGCAAUGGGCUUUGUAGGGUAUCGUGGUAGUCUAUUCAUUUUGAUAGUGGUAGUGAUCCAUACGCUCGGUUGAGAUACUGCCACGAUUUAUUACGCUUGUACAUCCUGGGUGUGCGUAAAACGUAAUUACGGUUGUAUUUAACCUCACUAAACUGAACGCAUUACGCACACAGAUGGCGCAUACGAGGUGGGAGCGCGCGCGUAUUCUGCUUGUUGUGCAAAUGCACGGACAAGUACUGUACUGUACUUAAGCACGAAGCCCAUGAGGCUAUGACCCCCCCCCCCCCCACGCCGAAAUGCGCCCGCUCUCGUCAGAUCUAGGAAGCUCAGCAGGUGUGAACCUGCACAGCGCUCGGAUGGUCGACCACCAAUGCGUAAAGCAGGCGUCGUAGAAUGCCGCGGGACUGCAUCGUCAGCAGCGGGCAGUGCAGCAAGAGGCCAAUGUUGUAUUCUACUAUCCUUCAACCUUCUAAGCUCACCGCCUUCACGAACGCGUGCUGACCAGCGUGGUGAAGUGCGCUCAAAUACCUAACCACAUUUAACCGCACGGCCCUCAUCCAGCGGCGGAUUGACAAAAGGGCUGUAACAUGGGCAUGCGCCAGUAUAAUUAAAAACACGUUACUACUGAUGCGUGCGAUCAAGAGAGCACGCGCUGGGGGUUGACGCCUGCGUGUUGAAACUGCAGGGAGGGGAAGGGCCGGCACAACAUCGUAGAAAAAAACACGGAGUCCUACUGUUUGGGGACAUUGAGGACGAGUAAACUCAUUGGCAAACAUUAUUCCAUCUGUUCAAAUCGUUAUUAUUGAGUGCACUGUGGGCGGGUCUGUUCGUCGAUGUAGAUCACAGGGUUUGCUUAAUAGUUCGAGUUUUGUGUGCAUACUUCGUUAAAGUGGUGUAUACAGACUUGGCCAACAAAAUCUACUUACAUAAACAUUUAUAUGGUGGUGCCAAAUUGUAUGAUGCAAUGGACUUGCUUAACACCAGUAAUUUAACAUUGGAGCCAUUUGCGUGUUGUGUUUUAAGCAACCCAAUCCAAUUAAUGCCAUAUAUGUCGCUACAGUAUAUGUCCACAGUGCUUGAAAUUGAAGUGCGCAUUGCUAAUUGGUGUAGCAAGAAUUAAGUGUAAUGCAAAUUGGGAAUUUCUGUGAACCCAUGAAUAUUUCUUGUUGGGGCGGUUGCACAGUGGUUAACACGGUCUGCUACAAACCCGGCGAGCCGAGGUCUAUGCAAAAACCGGUGACGAUUAUCUGACUGGUUCAGGGCCUCCUCUAGGUAGACUCAGCCUCAAAUGAAUACCUGGUGUGGUGUGCAAUCAUCACCACGAGCGAGACGAAGGCAAGGACCAAAUCAAAUCGGGUUGUCACGUGGGCAUGUGUUGCCAAAUGAUUGUUUUCCUUUUCAGCAAAAACCGGUUACGUUGAAACGCAAACGAAAAUCUUUGGUCAAGCAUCACCAGGCGCUCGCAAGAGCUCAAGGUACCUGAUGUAGGCGCCACAACGCCAUGGGGAAGAGUUAUGCAGGUGAACCCGUUUGAUAGAGCUGAUUGCUGCUUGGUUGUAAUUUACAAAGUUCAAAUAGUGUAGCUAAGUGAAUGUAUUUAAUUAUUGGCGAACACGGGCUAUGGGUUAACUCCAUUACGGUGUUAUUGCGUUCGUUCAAAUUGAGAAUGGUAAAAAAAAGUCGAAGUAAAUCGUGAGUAAAUGACAAUAAUGUAAACAACUUGAGAUAUUAGUGGAAGGUGCCUUACAAAUACAUGUAAAUUGUUAUAUCUUCAAUGAAGUAGAUUUACCCAACUAUAAUGUAACAAACAAUAACUCUCCAUCCCCCACCCUACUAAUAUUUAUAACUAACCCUCAUAGCUCAAAAUUACAUUAUACUUUGAGCAUUAGCCCAAAAUAAAUCAAUUAUUGGUCGUCAUAAUAUUGGUUAUGAAAGUAUAAAACCAAUUUAUAUGAUUAUACUCUUAACCUGGGUUCAUUCGGAACAUUGAACACACUCCAUGAUAAUUUCCAAUUUUGAAAUAUUGAUUCAAGAAGAGUUUUACAAAUUCGUGUAGAUUUUGUGCAUACUUGAGUGGAAAUUCAGACGUUCUGAUUAUCAUAACUAGACGUAAUGUUAAUGUAUUGAUUUUUCGGCUUAUUUGGAAGCAUUACACAUAUGAUUACAUCUGUAAUAAUGUUAAUAUAGUGUUUUUGUGCUAUGUGUUUGUGUACGUUGUAUUGCACACUCUAGUAUUGCAACAUGUGAGUGUGUGUGGCUGUGUGAUACUCUCUGUGGAAUUGAAAUUGCGAAGCCAUCAAGGAUAAUGAUAAUUAUGGUUUAUAUAUAUUUAAACCGUUUGGCCUUGAUUUGUAAGAGCUCGUAAUGCCUGCAUCAGUUUCUCCUAAUUCAAAUCAAUAUACAGUAGUUGAUAGCAUUCAUGUGAUCAAUAUAUACAUAGAAUUCAUCGAGACUAUUUGUUAAAGAUUUAACUUUUACAACUCAGAAUGCAGAUGAACGUGACGACAAUACAAAUUAGAAUGAGAAGAUAUUUUCUGAAAUUGGAUUUUGAGAAAAAGUCAAUGGGAAAUGAUUAGGCAUCUCAGAUUGUAUAACCACGUGGUCAUUAAAACAACCAAUGUCAAUGAACGAUACAAAAGAAAGCCGUAAAGUUUGGUUCAAGAUUCAUAUGAGCAAAAUAAGUAACGUACAAGUUGCUAAACAAAAUGUAAAAAAAAUUGGAAGCACACAACUGGAAAAACACAGCAGAAUAUAUAAACGUAUGACAAUUAUUGAACGUGGAUUGAUAUAAAAAAAAUACAUCAACAAAUAGUGAAUGAAAGCAGGAUGGAGUGCUUUUGUAAAACUGCAAAAGCGUCUAACGAUGCAUGUGGUGAAAUCAGUUCAUGUGCAAAAAUCUCAUCGCAAUUCAUUUCCCUCGUGGACACGAACAGAGUGAAAUUAAUUGUGACAUCACAAGACCAUGGGAAAUGGUGAACGCAUGUUCCCAAACUCUUCGAAAAAAGUCAGCUUCAUAAAAUGCAUUUGUCUUGCUUGUCACAUUAGCUUCGCAAUUAUACACCUUGUGGUUAUACGCACUGUCGGUUCAAAUUAAUAAUGGAUAAGUAUUUUUAACGUAACAUUGAUGGUGAGACGUAAUUUGGUCACGAAAUAAUGUUGUGAAUGUUUGUAUGCUUCAAUUGAACGUAAUAUUUGUUGUUUUCUUGCCAGCCAUCGUCCCGCCAAACUACCUUUUGGAGAUAAUUAGGUCAAUGUAUUAAAUGUGCCCAGUAAUGGCAACGACAGGCAUUGUACCGAAGAUGGAUAACAUUUACGAAGAAUUCUAAUCGGACUUUCAGCACACAAGCGUUAAUAUAGCCACAGCACCGUCACAGCGGUUGUCUCAGACCCCUAAUGCGAUGGAAUGAUUCUACCCCCUCAAAAGUUCAGAGGAAAUGCCUGUGGCUCCGCAUGUCACAUUGAUUUUAGACUUGAAGCUUUCGUGACUGCAAGGAAUCAUAUUUCUUUUCUCAUGUGUAUCAGACCUCCCCCCUCCCCCCUCUCUGUCCAAUGCGUUGGCGUGGGCAGCAGUGUGUCGCUUGCGCACAAUAGCUUCCACGCCGUCGCCCACCUUUUUGUUGGCCCUUCUCUCCCGAUACUUUCCAUUCAUUGGCUACCACAUUCUGAUGAGCCCCUCCCCCUCUCCUCCCCCCUCAACUCGCUUUUAAGGGAUUACAUCUUGAAUCAUUGCCUCACUUGAUGCAGCUGAUUUGGCUGUGACUGUCCCACCUGAUGACGGAGACUUGUGUUGCCUCCGAAACGUCGUGAUCUUUAUUUUUAUUUUAUUAUUUUAUUAAUUUUGAUGUUUUACCUACGUGACUUUACCGAAAACACCUAAGAAUAUGUCACAUUGAGUCACCCAAAUGGUAAAAAGUUACAAGCCGGUGGGAUGACAAAGCGUGCUGUUCUCUUUCCACAGGCGCGCACUGUCAAUCGUAGAUCUGUUUGAGCAACACUCACGCGUGGCUCGUUUUCACUGAGGUGCUCGCUGACAGCACUCGCCACCACGUCGUUCGCAACAAGUUUGUUUUCGACAUUUGGAGAACUAUUUAUGAAGCGUGAAAGCGAGGUGAGCAACCCGAUGAGCGGUUAAGCAUGCCAUUGACUGUAGCAACUCAAUAAAGAGCUAAGGCUGCAAGCUGAAGUAAUGAACACUUUGAAAAUAACUGCAUGUCGAUAACUUUUCUCAAUUUCACUGUGGGGUUCACGGUGUCUUAUCUAUUGUUUAACAUGUGUGUAUAUGGAAACGUUUCGUUCGUAUAUAUAUAUCCAGAGAUGACUUUCUCAUUAGAAUAUUUCCAGGAGCCAUCGACCUGCCCAAAGCGGGGCAGGAGAAGGCUUGGGAGGGAUUAUUUUCUGGAGCUCAGCCCCAGAAAGCUCCAGAUGAAAUUAAGCCCUGGUAUUAUCUAUUCCAAGCAUCGCUAGCCGCAAAUAGUAAGCAUACACACAGGUGGUGUGUUGUUUUUAUAUAUUUCUGGGAGCAAACAUGGUCAGCAGACUUACAGAGGUCAUAUAUGGGUAACUUUUUGGCCUCAUAAAUGGUGGGGAGUGAAUACAAAUCCAUCACAUGGCUGGUUAUAGAUCACUACAAGACUCGUCGUUGUGUAUCGGUUGAAAAUGUACAAAAAAAACCUAUAAAAUGUGAAUAUUACAUCGUGAGAGAUAUGGUUUACAAAUACCAUUGAUAUUUAUCAAUUUGUAUUGCCUCAUUGUUUUUUUUAUCGAUGAAAUACUUACACUGUUGUACAACAAUCGCGUUAGUGUUCUCUGAAGGCCAAAUCCUGGACCUUUCUGGAAUGCUUCAUACAAGCCAGCCGCAUGCCAAUAUUCCUGCUCGCAUGGGUUUGAUAAAUACGUAAUAACAGAGUGCACACCAGUUUAAAAGCCAAAAGUAAUAUGUAAUUUGGUUAAAAAACAAUCUCAUGCGACCCAGAAUUAUUACAUGAGGUUGUCUUCAGGGCUGUUCCGUAAAGUGCCUGUGGCAUUGUCUUAAACACCUUGACUGCUACUUUGUCAAUCAACACAGAGGCAUCUCUGUGAUAAUUGACAAAGUAUAGGUUGUCCACGAAGAUGUCAUCAUCCAUUUAUAAAAUAAUUAUAAUUGGGUUUGAGGUGCGUUUUAAGGUUUGAGAGGUGUGGUUUGAAAAUAUUGGCAAAGGAAUUCAUUAAACUCAAUCAAUGGAGACAAUCACAGCCGAUGCAAUCACGGUGGGCGAACACCUGGGACUCUCUCCAAUCUAGAUGCGAUGUGUGUCGCCACACGCCAUGGUGGACAGGCAAAGGAUUAGAUGGGAUGAAACCCUCGUGAUAAAAAAAAUCUUCACACUACGCGUGUGCGUGUAUAGUUUUAUGGGGAGCGGCGGCGCAGUGGUUAGCGCAUUACGCUAUGACCCUGGGCGAGCUGAGUUCGAUGCCCGCUCACAACCAAUAACAGUGGCAGUCCUGAGACUCCCCGAGGUAGAUUCAGCCUUAAAUGAGUACCUGGCGUGGUGUGCCAUGCUGGCCUUUAUAGAUCUUCGCUAAUUGUACUUGCAGCGACAGGCAACAGGCUAUUCGGGAGAAUCUGAAGUAUUGAUCUAGAACAAACCGCUGUCUCGUAAUUCUUGAAGAAUAGAUCACACCUUUGUGGACACCCUGCGCAUUCACUAGAGUUCUUAAAGCACUUUUAGAAAACAGUGAAGUUGUCUAUGGAAAGAGAGAAUACCGUAAUUUUGUCGACAGUACUCUUUAACUGGGACUAAGGGGCUAUUUGAAAGUGUGUCACAACAUACAAAAAUACAUGUAAAUAUAUAUAUACUUCACUAUGUGUCAUAUAUAAACGAUAUGUACUUUAUACGUAGCUGCUGUAUGCUGAGCAACACACACUCGUGAACAUUUGUGUUGUAACGUUUUGAUGCCCUCGAACUCCCUUCGGCUGGUUAUUAAGAAGCAGCGGUGUCACAACGUGUCACGACAUCGAUUUACUAUUGAUUAUUGAGCUCACAACGCAGGCACGUCAAUCGCAUGUAUGUAAAUAAUUGUUCUUUCAAUAAAUACGCUGAACGUAAUAGGUUCGCCUGACCCCCUGAAGUUAACCGUGACACUGAAUUAUGACAAGUGAUGGAAUCGUUAGGAAAUAUUUCAAUGGGGGAAAAACACGCCCAAGGUUUCCUCUGGGUAUCGAUCGUACUAUUCCGCAGUUGGCAAGAGUAGAUUGAGCCAUUGCAUCUCAGAUACAUCAGUGUACAAUCGGAAUUAUGUUCCACUGUUACAUUAGUUCAUUAACUGUUUGCUUCGGGAUGGGGCUUAACCUCUGAUGUUCAGGUAACGUGUGAAUUCCCGAAACAUCAAUUCAGGAUGUAUGCAUAUUGAACUUCUUUCGCACCGUACGUAGCCAACCAUGCUAAUCAGAUGUGCGGGGGAAGGGCAGUGCACCUUUACACGCUUGAACCUUGCGUUCAUGCCUCUGCGGUGUGAUUUCCGGUUGUUGCGCUGUGCUGUUGGACAUGUUGUUCGACGUUUUGCGCCAUGUGCUGGGAGCUUCUUCGGUGAAUUCAUCGCACGCGGAGCGAAACGUCAGACACCGUGCCUAACAGCACGCGGCACAAUUAGAGCGCUGGGCAGCACAACCGCUCGUUGUGGUGGUCUACAGUGAGGACUCUCCUGGCGAGAUCGGUAAUGUUCGAGCACAAACGUUACGAGAGUGGAACUUUGAUACUGACUACUAUUUUGUUGGGGGGGGGGGGGGGUCAAGUAAACAUUGCAUUGUGAACCUAUCCACAGUACAGCAUUAAUGGUAUUCAUGAAACUGCGGUUAACAGAGUGAUUAUCCAAGUUUGUGGAAGAUAUGGUAAUUUCGUCCCAUCUCAGAAGCCAUGUAGGUUUGAGCCUGAUGAGGAUUUGUUGCAGGGGUAGCCAGCCAUCAAAGUUUCCCCAACGAUGUAGAUACAGGGCCGUGUGGUGGCCAAGAGCAUGGUCGUGUGGAGUGUCACCUGCUCUUAAGUGAGAUCUCUCUCGGUAAUUCUGGCUUCCUCACAUUUGGCAACAAAAAAAACAUUAAAAUGCAGGACAAUCCUUAAGAUGAGUUUUGACACUUGGUGAGGCUUUCAUGGGUAAAUAAUUUGCAUUUUUUUUAAAGUCAACAAUAAUUCUUCAACAAUGUAGUAAUGUGCACGAAUCCUAUAACGCAGUUUAAAGGUAUACCGGUAUAAGACUCACAUCCCAAAGAAACUCUAUGGAAUGAAUACUGUCUAUUAUGUAGGAUGUUGUGAGAAAAAUAAAAUCAGGAGCACGUGCUCCGUUUCUCACGUAGAAUGAAGGAGGAAGAAGCUCUCUCUUGGCAAUGAAGCCGGCUCAUUUAAGGUGUUGAUAGUGAUAUUACCUGCGCGUCAGGAAUAUUCUGAUUUGGAAUGUGCUAGUAUAUUCCCAUAAUGUAAUGGAAACCAGUUAUAUAGAGAUACACAGUAUGCAAAAAAGAAAGCGAAGGAGAGAACAUGAACUUAGUGGUGUAUAUUUUGUAUUUGAACGUACAUUGUGUACAACAACAAAAAAAUGUGCAUACAUUAUAUAUCAUAAAUACAUGUCAUCUUGUGCCUUUGGAAUAAGGAAUGGCCAAGUUGACAUAGCAUUAGACCAUUGAUUACAUUUUUAUAUACUAAAGUAUUGUGAUUUAUUCAGUGAUAAUUUUAUAUAAAAAAUAAAUAUAUACACAUGCAAAUAUUUUCAAAUUUUGCACUUUAUAUAUAAACACUUAGAGGCAAACCAUGUUAUCCUAGAAUGCUUCAGCAUAUUAUAAUAUCAACUAAAUGUGCUACCACUCAAUCGUUGAUGCAGUUGAUGAACACAACAACGAGCAGUGUUAUAAUAAAGUAGAUGGAUGGGCAAUUCAUUGCCGUGACAUUAUAAGUCACUGCAGAAUAAUACGAGCAUUUCCUAAUUUCCUCGUAAAAACCACUGCACUUUAUAUACCUGUUACUUAAAUUGCCCUUGGCCAUCACUCUCUGAAUUGUGGCUCUGUGAUCGUGUAAUCCAUUGUGCAUUUGUCCUGGGUUAGUGAUAACUGAUAAAACAUUAUUAAUGUAUUUUAAAACCUAAAACCUGCAAAGUUAGUUUCGCUUGCUGUUGUGCACUUUAUUUCUUCAUGAAUUUCAUUGACAUUACCAUAGGUCAGUGUGUGCAAUGCUAUAAUUGAAGCCAUUGUGUGGCUUGUCAGCUUCGUUUUUUACGUAUUUCAUUUUAGAGGUUAGAUUUCUCAUGGAAUGUUUGACAUGGUCCCCAAAUCACCCAACCAUCUGUACUUUAGACCUCAGCCCCAAUCAUGUAACACUCGUGUUUGAAGUACAUUCCUGUAACUGAUACAUAAUUAAUAUUAUAUGGCUACCAUGCGCAUGUAAGGCAGAGCGUGUGAACAACUGAAUUAAGGGCCUGAGAGAUGGGUGGAACAGUCAACAACUCGGGCCCCCGCGGUAGCGAGAUGUUAACUCCCUCGCCUGGUAUGUGGGGUGUGCGUGACUUCCAUCCCGACCCUGACACCUGUAUAUUUGGAGUCUGUAUGUUCUCUCCGUGGUCGCGUGGAUUUUUCUCCGGGCCCUCCGGUUUUUCUCUCCACAUUUAGAAUCAACAUGCAUCGAGAGUAUGUGGUUGGUAUACAUUUCCACAUGAUAAGCCACUUCGUCGCUUUUGAAAAAAGAGCUAUGAAGCUCAGUGAGCCUUACCUGGUAGAAUAAACAUAGUUUAGUUCAAAAGUUUUAGUUUCACUCGUGAUAAUAUUACCCUCGUGCAUGCGUAACAUGCCCUCCUCGCUAAUACAUGCAGAUGGCGGACAUUGGCACCACUUUGACAUUAAGUGGACUCUUGUUGAAGAUCAUUAUCUCCUUGAGUGAGAUAGGCGGUAGGCCAGCCCCUACAAACAGCCGCAAUCACACACUCCACCUGCACGUGUUCGCCAGUCUUCACCGAGGUCUUCAUUAGAAGUUUGGGUGGUUGGAAGGGGGGUGCUGAAUCUAUUUUCCACAUCCUACUGCCUGGCUGCUCCAACUAAUGAAAGACCGCUACUCUUGUGAUAAGAUGUUAUGAAAGGUACGGAUCAUACGGAAGUGUGUUUUUGUUGUUGUUUUUGUGAACCACCGUCGCGAUGAGUAGAUGCUGAAUUUAAGCACGGGGAAAUGCACGAAACGAACAUGGAUGUUCCACUGGAACACGACUUGAUUUGUCGUCUACGGUAUUUAAUCGAUGUCCGUUUCAUGCCGGGCCGUUUCUUCUUCUUCUUCUAAAUGUAACCCCCGCGUACAUGGCUAGUGUGUGUUGGUGUUCAGCUUGUGAAAGUGAUUAUUAAUACAGUCGCAGUAAAAUCCUCUGCAUUCAAGUUGUUGUUCAUGUGAAAUAUAAUAUUGCAGAACGAAAUGAAUAAAUAUGUAAUGUAC